AUAUCUGUAUACAUAUUUAGCUUUACUUGCAUAGACCCUACAUAGUAAUAACCAUGAGGUGCAUACCAUGGUUGUUGGUUGUUGCGUUGAUUGUUAACCUUACAUCAGCAGCAAGACGACCAAACCAACCAAUCACAUCGUGUCCAUCACCAUGCGUGUGUGAAAGUAUUUUCUGUAAAUCCACCCAGAGACGAGGGAAAAUAUUUUGUGCCGGAGUUGCCGCGAGUUGUUUCCAUGCCAACCUUACCUCCUUCCCCCCCGGGGUCGUUGCCAAUGUUACGGGAUUGUUGCUAAGCAACAACUCCAUGACAACGAUCAACUUUGACGAGUUCUCAAAUCUUGCGAAACUCGAAACAUUAUUGGUGGAUAAUAAUCUUAUCCGUGACAUCAUAAUCAACAGUCGAUUCAAGAAGCUACGAAGAUUAAGUUUCAAAAACAACAAGAUCUUUCAUCUUCCACAACGAGGGUUCAAACUAUUGAAGAACUUGGUCGAUCUUAACCUGGAGAUGAAUAGAAUUACUUCGGUACAAGGUAUAAAGUUCCCUCACAAGCUCCGAACACUCAACCUAAACCACAAUCGCAUACGAACCUUAACCAGCGGCUCGUUCAGGAAGUUGAAAGAACUCCAAACAUUGAAGCUGGAAUAUAAUGUUAUUGACUUUAUCAGUAAAACUACUUUCAUACAAGCAACACAACUUAAUGUAUUAUACUUGUCGAACAACAACCUUCGAAUACUCGGAGAGAAUCAAUUUCAGCAACUCCCAAUGUGUUGGUUUAUAUCGUUGGCUGGGAACAACAUACACGAGGUACAUCCGUAUGCGUUUCGCUUGUUUGGGGUAAAGAACAACAACCACCACCAAAUCCACCUGGAAAGCAACGCAUUGAGGUUUAUUGAGGAAGAUAUGUUGGGAUUGUUCAUGUCUGAAGUCAGGAGAGUCCUGUACUCGUUCUACUUUGCGGGCAACCCCAUCUUCUGCGAUUGCAACAUUCAGCUGCUUCGAGAUGACGCGGGUUCUCUACUUCGUGAUCCCCACAAGAUGGUUUGCGAUUCUCCGAGGAAUUUGAAUCACACAACGUUAGCUGAACUUAAUAUUGAGGAAUGCUGUGUGUGAUGUCAUUAGAUGUAAUUGUGAUGUUAUCAGUUUUGUUUGUGAUGUCAUCAGUCUGCUUGUGAUGUCACCAGUUUGCUUAUGAUGUCAUCAGUCUGAUUGUGAUGUCAUCAGUCUGCUUGUGAUGUCAUCAGCCUGAUUGUGAUGUCAACAAAUGUUAUUGUGAUGCCACCAGAUGUAAUUUUUAUGUUGUUAAUUAUACCACAAGUUACCACGUUUGUAACUUUGGGGUGAUUGUUUUUCUGCAUGGCUGACACAUAUGCCCACAUUGGUAGCAUGGUCGAGCCUCGAACCCGGUAUCAUUUGGUCCAACGACUUGAACCACCAAAUCACCGAAACAUUUGGGGACAUAAAUAUAAUCUGGAGCUUUUA